CUGUAACCCAUUCAUUGAUGUCCUUCUUUUAGCUGCAAGAUUGCUUGACCCUGUAUAUUUCUGCCAUCGCAUGCUCCAAGAUCCUGACACUCACCUGCCUUCGGUUGCUCUUUCCUGCAUCUGCUGUCUUGCUUGGAUUGUCGCGUUCUUCAGCCAGUACAUAUUGCUUAUGACCAAUCUAACCCCUCCAUCUCGAGAACACACCGAUAGCACCAUCCUAUCCCAUUCUAGGUCCCAUCAGACCUUUCCUCUCCAUUCCUCAAUCCUGUCACGAUGAGCGACACAGUUGAAACCCCGACCACUCCCAGGUCACCUCAUGGGCCAGACACCCUCGAAUCAGUCACCGCCCUCGCCCGAUUCGAGUUUGAACCCCACAAAGGCAAUCAGGGUACAAAAGUCAUGAUGGUAGAAUGGCAAGACGAUGAGCCUUCGCGGGACAAGUCUGGCAAGUGGCAUGUCUCAUGGUCAGGCAAACGCAGCGUCUUUCCAGCAGACGAUGCUUCUAUGGACAAUAUCCGCCGUGUAUACUUCCUGCUGCCCCCAGGAACCACCAUCCCCCCUCAUGUCACCUUGUCCUAUCACCCACCCGCUCCAGCGACCACCACCACCACCACCCCCACCACCACUUCCCCUGACUCAGAAACUCCUUCUCGUAAAAUGACUGUCUACCCUCUGCCCGCCAUCUUCACACCCGAACUAGGCGCCACCGCCAAAGCCAGUGGUAAAAAAGGAGUCUUACACACCAUUUGGGCUAAAAAGAGACUAUCUGUCCUAGAAAAAGAGAUCAAACGUGAGGAAGAUCACAAUCUCGAGGGCAUCGCCCUUGAAAUGGCCCGGUCGGAAAAGGCUUGGAUCGAGGCCAAUUUCGGCCUUGCAUUGAAACCACCAACGCUUGACAUCAGCAAUCUUCCCACCAACGCUGGUCCCACCAGCCCAGGCAUCCAGAGCCCUCGCUCCCCAGGUGGGAGACGGCUGAGUGAGAAAUUGAAAGGUCUAAGCCUUGCAACUGGUGAAAAGGAUCUUGCAGGUCGAGGUCUAAAUACCGUCAUCCGAGAGGAACAUCCCUUGUCACCUGAGGCAUCCGACAUUGCUCAUUCUUCAUUCAGUUCUUUUCAUCAAGGCCCCAUGCCAACAACCGCUAAGAGAAUUGUCGCUCAGCCGCCUCCUGAAUUCCUCAGGAAGCAACAAGGAGACCCAACCGCAUCUUCUCUCUCUUUCCUUGCAACAACUUCACUACAAGACCGACAACCUGCUCCAUCACAACAGAAUGACCCUUCUGAAGAUGAUCUUUUCGCCGUUGCACUGAGCCCCAGAUCCCCGGACGGACCCAAAAGUCCGUUUUCAAUCUCGAGCGCAGAAGUGGGAGCGUUUGCCAAGAUCAAAGGCGAUCGGUAAAUGUGAAUGCUUUCCUACAAUGCCAAUGUCUAUCACAAUCAACCUGUUUUUGGGUUUCAAACAUGAUCCAAAUUUUGACACUAAGGCGAAAACAAAAAGAUUGUCAUGAGCUAUAGACCUCAAGUGAAGAAUCUUCGACGUAUGCGGACUAGUUGCGUGCUCGAUUAGCGUCAUCACCACUGUCCCACCCUACUUGCGAAUCAACCAAGCGUCCCAACAACACCAUCAUCAUGUACCCAUCGCCUCCUUCAAGACUUCCAACACGGCAUCUACCUUCGGUUGUCGAGCCUGCCAGAGAGAUUCCUGGGUAUGAUAUAGACAACGAAGAAAAGACGCGAAAUCAAACGUCCACCCCUUACAAGAGAAUCGCGGCAGCAACGAGAACAAUCAAUCCAAAUCCCGACUCAAACAAUUUGGUUGCAUCGCCAGUGUACUCCUGGCCAACAGGAGUGGGAGCUACCGGGGUCGAGUUCCAAUCCGCCCAUGAUCUGGAAGGCGCUGGUGGAGCUGUCCAAUUGUAGCAGCUAGUCGUAAAGGUCGGCGCAGGCACAACGGCACUCUUGGUACAUCCACAAGCACUGUCGUACCAUGUGUACGUGCCCCCUGGCACGUUGCUGGCAGUAGCCGCUGGAACCACCGUCUUCUUUUUGCAACCGCACGACUCGUCCCAGUAGGUGACGGUGACGGUAGCAUCGGGUGUCACACUGAUCAGAGUGGCAUUCACAGUGGGUGUGGUGCUUGGGAAUCCAGUUGGAGUUGGAGUGACGGUAGUGGUGAUG